GCACGCCCAAAUGACAGCCAGCCGAGUGCCAUCGAUUCCCAGUCUGUUGAAGCUGCUCCGGGCGAUACAGACCGGGCCAUUGCCGACGAGGCGUGUGACAGAGUGGGCAGCGAGGAGGCGGAGGAUCCAGAUGUGAAGCAGAUGGAGGACCUCUCAAACCUCCUUUGGGCAGCUUCGUACGUCAACUCAGAUGAUGAGACGGGUUCAUCGAGCCCCAGCCCACUGAGCCAGGCUGAGGAUGCCUCAGGUAGCAAGGGGCCAUCAGUGCCAACCUUGCGGAGAAUGAUGGAGCAUGUGCAGGCCAAGGCUGCAUGUGGUGGGCCUGACGAUGAUGAUGAGUCUUCCGAUGAUUCAUCUGGUGUGUGGGCUUUGAUGGAGAAGCAUCAGCAAGAGGAUCGCUCUGAUGAUGAAGUGACGUUGGUCAUGCAAGGUGGCCGCGACCAGGAUGACGAUGUGGUGGACUCACCAAACGAGGUUGAUGGUUUCGAGAAGGCUGCCAAGGAU